CCCCAUUUUUACAUUACCCAUAUUUUCCCACAAUGAAUGUGCCCUGAAAGAUAAUUUCAAAACCUAACUGGAGAAUAGUUUCCAUUCACGGUGACAAUUGUGGCUCAAACGCAAUUCAAAAAAACUCCUGCCAUUAAAAAUUCUGUCGAAGACGUUCCAAAGUACACUAAAAAUUUAACUUUUUGAAUAAAAAAAACUACUCCCUCCAUACGGAAAUAUUCUUCCCAUUUCCUUUUUUAGUAUACUUUUUAAGACUAAAUAUCAAUAAUACCCUUCUAUUUUAUCACAAAUCUACUUUUUUAGUACUUUUUUAAUAAUAAAAUGAGAUUUAAAAAUUUAUAGUAUGUGCAUUUUUGAAAAUUUUGCAUUUUUUUAACUAUUCCUUAAUAAGCGUGCCAAGUCAACACGGGAAGAACAUUUCCGAACGGAAGGAGUAAAAUAUAUCAUCGGGUAAAGCAAAACUCGAAUUAAAUGAGCACAAAAAAUCAUUUUACUAAUUUAAUCUUGAAUGCACAACAUAAAUCACAUAAUAAUAAAAAGAAACAUGAUGACCUAUCAGUGUAACUAUGACAAAAGAAGCAUCAUUGGAUAAAUCCGUAGCCAUGAAUAUUCAUCAUCAUCUAGGAUCUCAUGUUUCCAAUACAAAAUCUAUUCUUAGAAAAAACUGAGAAAUAUAGUCAUGAUAUUGGUGUUGUCAAGGGAUUAAAACCAAAACAAAUUUGUUAAACCAUUCUUGACCAUUUAGAUUAUAGGCAACAGGGAAAAGAGGAGAUCCACACUGAGUACAUCGCCUCGGCAAAGUUGCCAUUUGAACACAAAAGCAAAAUAAAAAUACUCUUUAUACACUUCUCAUUUUCAGGAAAAAUAUUAAAAAAAGAGAAUAAAAAAAUUGAAAUUGAUUGCCUCAGCGGUAGUGACAAUUAGUAAGAGUCAACAUAAUGAAUCUGAUAAUACGUGCGUUAUGCAAUGCAUCAUUGACAAACUCUAGGGACAGGCAACAAAUUCAACAUUUUUCUUUAAAUUCUUAAAAAACAAAUUCCAUAAAUAAAAAAUACAUUUAAAACAUAUAUUCAAAGAAAAAAUUCAAGUAAUUUCCAAGAAAAAAUGCCAACAAAAGAUAAACGAAAAAGAUUUGUAACUUGACAAGCUUGAAAAUAAAAAUCUGUUAAUCAAAUUCAUAAUCUAAGAUCUAAAAAAUCUUGAAGAAAAGUAAACAAAAUGUACAAAAUGAAAACAAGCAGAUUCAAGAAAAAAUGCAUCAGAGAGAUUCCCAACGACAAAUCAUCAUUCUCAAAGAGAUCUGAUGUCCCUGUCUGUGUGUCAUCACUUGCAUCAAAUAAAAUUCCAAAUAAAUUAUUAAAAGAGUAUCAAUCCAGUAAAAUAUUAACUACAUAAUUUUUCAAAAAUGUAUGAUUAAAUUGAUUUUCUGUUUAAGCUCUGCCAAUAGCCUCAGAUUUAGGUUAUUUACAUUGAAAAUUCAAAGUAUAUUUAAUGCCAUCACAGGCAAAAGGGGCAGAACUCAGCAAAACAAUAUGAUAAACACAGAUGAUUAAAAGUUGAACAACGAUCGGAAACCGAAAGAGAAGAUCGGCGGACCAGACAUAACUGCGGAUUUGAGAGAGACUAAUGGCGAUUUUGGAAAAAAAAAAAAAACUUUUUUGUAAUGAAUUUGCAGAGAACAAACAAUCGAAAUUAAAAAGAAAGAUAAGAAGAAGUUGAACGUGAACUGGGCUAAUGACAGUGUGGGAGUGGACGAACUAGGGUUUAUGAUGUAAAGUUCAAUGGGAUGCUGGCUACUUGGAGACUCCUAAACAGAGAGAUUGCCACAGGUAUGCACGAGAACUUUAAUAAUUAUUUGGCGGCUGUUUUUGGAUCGACUUCGGCUGUCGAUGGGGCAGUGAUGGCUGCGGGUAUUUGGGCCAUCUGGAAAGCCCGAAAUCAGGCCUGCUGGGAACUCAACGUGGUCAGACCGGAGGUUGCUGCUAAUUGGGCACGAGAAGUAUGCGUGGCUAGGACAAGUCGUGAUAUACAUGGUGGCACGAUGCCGACGUCGGAGGGGUCGGGGCUUCAGCACUUAGAUCGGCCGGAUCUCCUGCAUUGCUUUGUUGAUGCUGCCAUGUUUGAACAGGUUGGUUCUGCAUCGGUGGCGGCAGCCCUUCUUGAUGGGUAUGGCAAGUUCAUCGGGGGUUUCAACAAGCUUGUCACCUGUCCCUUGGUACCGAGGUACGUAGAAACCUUAGCUAUUAAGGAAGCUUUAUCUUGGCUCAAGGAGAGGAAUAUCCAUGAGGUUGGUAUUUUCUCUGACUAUGUUCAAGUGGUCCAUGCUCUAAAGAACGACGUGGUAGAUGCUCGAUCAUAUUUGAACGCGGUGGAGGAUGAUUGCAAAAAACUCACUUAUUUCUUUAACUAUGUUAAUUUUUUUCACAUUCAUAGACAGUCGAAUUUGAUUGCGCACACCCUUGCUAGAUUGGCUGUUAAUGGGUGCUAUGAAUGGCAUUCUAUUCCCCCUAAUGAUGUAUUGCAUUUACUUUGAUGAAUGAAAGUGUUUGAGUUUC